CAUUUUAAUGCACCUGCAUAUAAUAUAUGCAUGCCAAGAUGCAUGUCCUCAUCCCGCAGAAGUGACUGGGAGAGCUUCGAAAGCUUCGAAAGCUAUAUAACCGAAAAGGUGCACCUCCUCUACAACAGUUUCUAGCAUAAUUGUAGUCAAUUGAUGAUUAUCUGAUUCAUAUACCAUGCAGUCGUUCUUCAAGUUGACUGCUGCGGUCUUGCUGGCAGGUACUGUUUUGGCUGUGCCUUUAGGUCCAGGCCAGCAUGCAAUCAAUUAUAAUGUUGAUGUCGGCGUGCGACCGUAUUACAUUAUCAAUAACAUGACGGAUGGCGCUCUCAAGGAGACCCUUACUGCAUGCGAGAACAACAAAAAGGAGAUCACUCAAUUCACAAUUGGUCACCGUGGAGGCGGCACACUUCAAUUCCCCGAGGAAACUGUAGAGUCUACAAUGGCAGGUGCACGAAUGGGAGCCGGUAUAUUGGAAUGUGACGUGAGCUUCACCAAAGAUCGCGGACUUGUCUGCCGUCAUUCGCUCUGCGAUCUCCACACCACGACGAACAUUCUACUCCAUCCAGAUCUCGCCCAGAAGUGUGUAGUCCCAUUUACACCCGCGAAUGGAACAUCACCAGCAAAUGCCGUCUGCUGCACAAGCGACAUCACAACUGCAGAAUACCUAACUCUAUGCGGCAAGCAAGACGGGUUCAAUGCUAGCGCCAAGAACGUCAAAGACUAUCAAUAUGGCACCCCCACAUGGAGAACCGAGCUCUAUGAUACGUGCGGCACUGUGAUGACUCUCGAUAGUUACAUCACUCUCGUCGAAUCUCUCCCAGGUUACCGCAACUUUACUCCCGAAUUGAAGACUCCUCCUGCUCCAUACGUUAUCAUGCCAUUCAAUGGCUACACCCAGGAACAGUACGCUCGCGAUAUGCUCAACACAUUCAUCAACCGAGGAAUUGACCCCAGCCGUGUAUAUGCACAAUCCUUCAACCCCCCCGAUAUCUUCCAAUGGAUCAAAGAAUACCCCGACUUUGCGAAACAGGCCAUCUACCUCGACGAAGAUGGCGAUACUCCAGCGACGUUAACAAAUGCAACCGCUAGACUUUCAAGUCUCGCUGCACAAGGCGUCAAGAUUAUCGGUCCUCCCUUUGGAUACUUGCUGAACACCACAGCUGACAAUACGACCAUCGUUCCUAGUGAUUACGCUAAGGUCGCGAAGCAAUCGGGUCUGGACAUCAUUGCCUGGACAUUCGAGCGUUCGGGUCCGUUGGCAAACGUUGCUGCCACGGGAGAGUAUUACUAUAGCGAUAUCGCUGGGGCGAUUCAUUAUGAUGGGCAGCUGUAUGAAGUUCUGGAUGUGCUGGGGAGACAGAUUGGCAUCAGGGCUAUGUUCACGGAUUGGGCUGCAACGGUCACUUAUUACGCCAAUUGCAUGGGGCUGUAGAUUAAAAAAGUGGCGUUAAAUGAC